CUGGCCUACAUCAGUGUCCUUUCGCCUCCACGUGGAUCUAAAGUGCCAGAACACGCAACCAAAUCUUGCCUCUGCAAAGUCUCUCAGACUGGCCACCGCAGCGUUCUUGCCUCGCGCUUCGGCCUUGCCGGUAUAUGACUGCUGACAAGAACCCCCAGCGCAAAGCCCCCAUUCCCAUGAUCCUCAACGACCAGAGAAGCCUAGCACCGCCAGUGCCCCCCGUGGCUGCCAUGGAAAUGCCCCGGAUGCAGCAUGUCCCGGCCGUGGGCCCCCCGUACGAGUCGCCGCGCAUGCCGCCCUACUACAUGCGGUAUGGCGCAGGCCAGUACCCGUAUUUGCAGGCCCCAGGGCCCCAGUACUUGGCGCAUGGCGACCCCAACUUGGCCUAUGGCGAUCCCAACUUGGCGUAUGGCGACCCCAACUUGUACCGGGCGCCGUACGCGGGCAUGCACGUGAUGCCCCAGCACAUGGCGCCGGUUCCGCCCAGCUACAUGGCGUACUUGCCGCCGCAGCGCAUGCCGCAGGUGGCGGACAGCCGGCCGCAUGCGCCGCCACCGCCCAAUCCGUAUUUUGGCCCGGCGCCCCUGCCGGUCCAGGCGCCGGUGCCGGGCUACCCGCCCAAGCCGCGCCGGUUCCGGCGCCGCCACUACCAGAUCCACCGCAAAUACAGCUGCUGCUUCCAGGGGUGCACCAAGAGCUACGGGUCGCUCAACCAUUUGAACACGCACAUCGUCACCAAGAAUCACGGGCUGCGCAAGUCCAAGCACGACUUCAAGCACGUGGACGCUGCGUCGCCAGCGCAUGCGGGCCAUGCGUCCAGCGACGAGCUGCGUGUCGAGGACGGCGCGGGCCUUAUCCGGCCGUAUUCAGGGACACCGCCAGCAUGCGUCCUGCCCAUCGGGCCGGGCCACGUGACGCCCCCCCGGAAUGCCGUGGCCAGUGCCUCGCCGCAGCCCUGGGUGUCGUCGUGGCAGCAGCCGGGCUUGAGCCUCCCGGCGCUCCGGCUGCUGAGCCCAAGCGCCGUGCGCUUGCCGCUGAUUCCGUCGAUGAUCAGCAAGCCCCGCUAGUCACGUGCCGCGUGUUUGCGGUGGUGGAGGUGGGCGUGUUUGUAAUGGUGGUGGGCCGCGUGCUGGAGGGUGUAGGUGG